AUGAGCUUCCAGACUCCACCCAGACUCCUGGACCUGGCGGGCCAGAGCCUGCUGAGGGACAGGGUGUUGUCUGCCAGGGAUCUGGAGUGCCUGCCCUCCGACCUCUUCCCGCCACUGUUCAUGCAGGCCUUCUCGGGGAGACACAGGGCGUCCCUGAAGACCAUGGUGUGCGCCUGGCCCUUCGACUACCUCCCUCUGGGGACCCUGAUGAAGACGCCUCAGGGCAGGACCCUACAGGCUGUGUUCGACGGGCUCGACAUCCUGCUUGCCCAGAAGGUUCGCCCCAGGAGGUGGAGACUGCGGGUGCUGGAUUUACGGGACACCGGCCAGGACUUCUGGAGCAGGUGGUCUGCAGCCAGGGCCGAGGGGGACUCUGAGACCGGGCCCGGGGCCGAGGGCAGCUCCGGGAUGCAGCAGCCCUUGGUCCCCCUGGAGGUGUUCAUAGACCUUCGCUUCAGCAAUAGGAUCCAGGACCAUUUCCUCACCUACGUCAUCUCAUGGGCCAAGAGGAGGGAAGGGUCCCUCCACCUGUGCUGUAAGACGCUGGACAUUUCGGGAGUGCCCGUCAGGAACAUCAAGUCCCUGGCCUUGGUGCAGCUGAGCUGCAUCCAGGAGGUGUAUGUGAAUUGCCCCUGGAACCUGUCCAGUCUGGGGACGUUUGCUUCUUACCUGGGUCAGAUGACUAACGUGCAGAGCCUCUGUCUGUCCCACAUCCACCUGCCGGCCUCCAGGGAGGAGAAGCGGGUGGAGGAGUUCCAUAUCAUCAGGUUCACCUCUCAGUUCCUCCGGCUGCAGCACCUGCGGGAUCUCUACUUGGAAUCUCCCGCCUUUCUCACGGGCCAUCUGGACAAGUUGCUCAGCUGCCUGCAGACCCGCUUGGAGCUCUUCUCCAUAACAGACACCCUGCUCACGGAAUUGGACAUGAUGCACCUGUCCCGGUGCCCGAACCUCCGUCAGCUCACGAACCUAGAUCUGAAUGGCGUCUGCCUGACCGAGUUCAAUCCUGAGCUCCUCUCCACGUUGCUGGAGAAGAUCACGGCCACGCUCGAGGACCUGGACUUAGUUUACUGCGGGAUCAGGGACGUCCAGGUCGAGGCCAUUGCGCCUGCCCUGAGCUGCUGCCACCAGCUCAGGACCCUCAAGCUGUCCGGGAACCUCCUGUCCCUGGCUGCCAUGGACAAGCUGCUGCGCCACACCACCGGGCUGCGCAGUCUAAACCUCGAGCUGUACCCGGCCCCUAUGGAGACUUACGACGCCCACGGGGCUCUUGACCUGGAGAGAUUUGACCAGAUCUGCGACGAGCUGAAAGGGCUUCUGAGGGACUUAGGACAGUCCAGGACCAUCCAGCUCAGCACCAACCCCUGUCCUCACUGCGGCAAGCCGGUGUCCUCUGAGUUGAAACCCAUUGCAUUCUCCUGCGAGAACCCUGCGUAG